CACUCUCGUGCCGACUGGCCGACUUGAAGUCAGAGGCGGGCAGAUCAUUCUCUAUGAAUGCGGCAUGCGCAAUCCGAAAUUUGUUAGGAGGUAGUAGACAGGGGCUAAGUUAGCUCAGACUUAAGAAAAACCGUCCUCUCGCAUCAAGAGACUAUCCUCACUCUUAACACUCACUCAAGAUGGGAUUUUUCUCUGUCACCCGACUUCUCAUCUUGUCGUUUACCCUCAUGCUGGCGAUCGUGGUGCUCGGCGUGAGUGCUCACCUCAUCGCUAUCCGAACUACAGAUUACUGGCGCUUUGCUGCGCUUGCGGUCGCAGUGUCCUCCCUGACAAUUCUUACUUUCCCCGUCAUUCUCAUCAUUAGCUUGUCUGAGCGCAACCGUAAAUCGUCGGGUUUCAGGAUCAGCGAGUCCGCUUGGCUAACUAUCAUGUGGAUCCUCUGGCUCUCAACUGGAGCUAACGCCACUCGUGCGGCCCGCAGCCGCUUUUUCCCUGGUGCCUGUAGCUUCAUCUCUUUCUACAGUAGCCAAAUCUGCAAUGAGUUUAGGGUCGUCGAGGCGUUCUCUUACAUUAUCUUCGUCUUCUUGCUCUGCUAUAGUAUAGCAGUGAUUGUGAAGGCCUUCACGGCAGAUGAUAGGACGCAGGCCACCAGAGGAGGAGAUUCCGAAGCUCAGAAAGCGCCUCAGAGUCAGAUGCAAGGUCAGCAGCCUCAGUAAAUCGGUACUACAGCUCAGUCAGCUAAUGCCCGUGGUCCACAGGCGCCCCAAGUUGAAUCGCCGAUUACUAUCCCUGAAGCUGAAGUCCCUCACGUGGUGAGUUAA